GAGAGACCUUUGGACGAGUUAGAACACGAAACAUUUGUUGCUUUUAGAUUGGUGGAUUGGUAAACAGUCAUGACUUGUUGUGGAUACGGGUACAUCGGGUAUAUAAAAGUCGGACACUGCUGUUUUUGGAAAUCAUUCACCUACCAACAACCGAAAACAUCAAAAUUCUGCUCAAUAUCACCAUCAUUGCACUAAACCAAUCAUGGCUGCAGCAUCAGGCAACAACGCACCUCCGUCUUCCCCAACUAGUGAGUCGGUGAAAGGACCGUUUGACUGCGUGAAGAAGUUAACCCAUGCCCAAGUCAAGAGAGGAUGGCGCGAAGGUUUCAGCACCACCGAACAUAGAUCCUACUACAUGUAUUACAAUAUAUUCACAAGAGAGAGUGUGUGGUCCAUACCUACCAUCCUACUGCAACAGGAAGAAAGCGAGGUGGACUCCGGGCCGGCAGAGGACUUGCUGGCGGCUGCCAUGACAGAGCUGACGGGUAACCCACCCACGGACCUCUCCAAGCCCCCUUUCAUCAAGGGAAAGCCGACCAAGAGAAAGUUCAGCCCCGAUCCCGACCAGCAGGAGAACGAGAAGAACGCCGUCAGAUUCGAAAUUGGAGGCUCAUCAAAUCAGGACAUCAUCGACCGACGGGUAAGGGUGAGAACACUCACCAAACGCAUCCUGACCAAACUCAUCACGGACGAGAUACUCCAGCUAGUGUAUCAUACGCAAAAACGACUGGGCUGCGAGGGAUGUAAAAAGGACUGGCCGAGUCUUUUUGAGCACGCUUGCACAUUUUUGGUAGGAAUCCCCCAAAUCACAUCGACGACUAUAUACCUUUGUACUUUGAGGAGGUGCUGGCUUCGCUGGACAAGAAACGAGUACGACCAAUAUUUCUAGCGGUCGCUAGCCUACUGGGAGCUGGUUUAUUCAUCGGAGAAGGAAUUAACUUGGACACCGAAUUGAGUGAUUUGAUCGAAGACAUUUUAAAUGAUUGGAAGGAUGAUUUAGAAGAAAUCGGUUACUCCUUCUACUCGUCUUUGUUCGACAAUACUACCGAACUCAUUCAGAACACAGAUAUCAUAGAGUAAAUGACCCGACAAUGUUUGCUUACCUUUUAAUUAUUAUUAUUAUUUUUUAAAUUGUUUCCCUUUUUUUUAAUUUUUUUUAUUUACGUGUUAAGUUUAUGGUGGAGGGUUAAUAAAAAGAUUGCUUGAAUAAAACAAUUCUGAUAUGUUGUAGUCACAAAAGAA